AAACAACAACGGACUUAAUGUAAGGCUUAUUAGCAUAAGUGAACUUAAGUCACCAAAAUUGCGACAGUCAUUCAUUACACGCUAGACUGUUUGUAUGAGUGGUAAUUAGUGAUAUUUAUGAACUACUUAUGUGAUAUAUGUGUUAACAUAUUAAUUUUAGGCUUUUACCAGAUUUUGCAAAAUAAAUUGCUGUUUAAAAUUCGGUUAGUCCCUCACGCACGGGAAAGUUUUUUAACGUUUUUAUAAGAGGGGAAUCUACAAACUUGUAAAGCUUGUGGUAAAGUGCAGUGACAAAAAAUCUAAGCUACUGAAUUAAUGAGUGAUUUAUUGAAAUCUCUUCCAGCAUAACAUUCAUCAACUCUUGUUUGCGCGUUUCCAGCAGUUCGAAUGCAUCAGAUUGCAUUUAUGUCGAUUUCAGCCACUCCCCGUUGAUUUUUUAGUGAAUGGGAGAUUUUCAGAAUAUUUGCUAUAUUUCGCAGUAUUAGAUGGAAAUUACAAUUUAAUCAUUCGACCGAAAACCAAACAAUAAUGCAUUUAAGAAGUAAUGAGGGGAACAACUAUUACAUCGUAAGAACCCGUUCAAACUGUUACGGUCUAGUUGAAGAAAAUACACACUCGGACGGUGUUUAGGACAUUUAUGUGUUUAAUUGUCGCAAAAUUUGUUCAUUGUUGUCCAUUUAGUUGCGAUUCGCUAUGGGGAAUCUUUUGAGUCCAGACGUCAAGUUCAUUAUGCCCUCAGAUCCAGAUGUUUCUUAUGAGCUUGAUUUAGGCGAACCUCCGCAGGAGCUAAUGGAAUGGGCCAAGGAGAACAUUCGGGAGAAUCCUGAUACAAGAUGUUUGAUAAUUGAAGAUUUUCGCGACAUAAUUUAUGCUCGAGGGGAAUGCACUCCGCAUCGGACAGACGAUGAAUUCCUGCUAAGGUUCCUGCGAGGUCGCAAGUUUAAUAUGGAAUCGGCCUACAGACUGUUUGUCAAUUACUACAACUUCAAAGAAGACAACCCUGAAUUCUUCGAUGGCGUCAACCUUAAAAGUCUUUUACGCAUUGGUUGUGAUGAUCUUAUUACCGUUCCACCUUAUCGAGACCAGAAUGGCAGAAGAAUCCUUUUAUAUAGAAUGGGCAAUUGGGAUACGGAAAAAUAUUCGGUCACCAACAUCUUCCAGGCAACCAUGGCCAUUCUGGAGCUGGCCAUUUUGGAGCCCCGGGCUCAAAUAUUGGGGGGCAUUGGAUUUUUCGAUAUGCAGAACUUAACACUACAGCAGGCUUACCAUAUGACACCCAGUGUGGCUCAUAAGAUCGUGCAAAUUUUGGUGACAUCGUUUCCCAUGAAGAUUUACGCCAUACACGUCGUGUUCCAACCGUGGAUAUUCGAUGUGGUUUACAAAGUGAUUCAUCCAUUGCUAAAUGGCGCCAUGAAGGAUCGAGUGUUCUUCCAUGGAGAAGAUAUGGAGAGUCUUCACAAACAUAUCGAUCCGAAGCAUUUGCCGGAAAAGUAUGGUGGAAGACAUCCAGAUUACGGCUACGCCCCGUGGAUAGAAGGUUUCGGCAAAAGUGAAGAAAUUAAGGAAGAACUUCGGUCACUGGGCUAUAAAAUAGAUGAGAAUGACUAUGAGGAAUACAAAAGCGACAGUGAGAAAUCGGAAAGUUCGCUUCACAGUGAAUAUUAGUAAAAUGUGUCUGUUUUAAACGCAAACCGUAUGCAAUCAACUUUCGUUUGUACCUACUUUGAUGGGAUUUCUGGAAAUGGAAUGUUUUUAUAGUGUAUAUUAUUAGAAAAAGUUUUUAUUGUUUAUUUGAAAUUUCUCAAUGGGACUGUAUUUAGUUUUAGUGGUUAAUUUAAUAAAUCCGGUUUUAUAUUUU